AUGAAAAAUAUCUACACAGAUUUUCGUCUUUACGCAAUAAACGCGUACAUAAUUCUUAUCACGCAGUUAAGGACUUUUGAUGUGGACGGCGAGGAAACUAUAUUGGCUUUUGAAAAUGAGAAAAUUCAUAUUGGAUGCAAAUCGGAUUAUCCCAUGACUUACUGCGGUUUUGUGGAUCCGUAUGGAAAGCGAUACUCAUUUACAGAUUUGGCUGUACGUGACGGUCAAUGUGUACAUGUUAUUAAAGCGAAAAAGGCCGAUAGCGGGGAGUGGAAAUGCCAUAUCGGUAGCAAAUCAGUUCGGUUGGAGACUAUCAAGAAAAUCCGUGUAAGAGUGGUUAGUCAGUUAGCCGCAGUUCAACCAAAUAUUACGGCACAUCUUGGGAAGCCGAUGACCUUAACUUGCGCCACAACUGGAGGCUUUAUCCCACUAAGUUACUGUCGAUUUGAACCGCCAAAUGGGAGAUCUUUUAGUAUCGACGAAAGUGUAACAGAUUCCAACCCUAUUCUGAAUAGGUAUUUCUAUCCUAAUAACCGAAGUCUGGACCGAGGAGAUUGUUGUGUUACUAUACGUAAGGUGAAACCUGAGGACCAAGGAUUAUGGAUGUGUGGGGCUGGCCUGGAAGACGGCAAAGAGCAUUUCGACACUAUUACCUUAGAUAUUGAAGGGAUCAACACAAUGUCCACAGCAUCCACAACAGCGGUAACUAUUGGUGGGAUUUUGGUAGCCGUUGCCUUGGGUUUCAUUCUUUACGGGCUGUGGAAGAGAAAGGGACUAUUAGGAGUCCAAAAUCAGCCUGAAGACAUAGAAAUGAGAACACCACAAGCAAGAAGACAGGUGCCAGAGUUGGUUGUUAUAUCUCCUUCUACAGCUACUCCUGCCGAGUCUCCACUCAUGUCGAGUACGAGGUCCGAAUAA